CAUAGCAACUGUCACACUUCACUUAUCACUACACUAACUCUGCAAGAUUUCAAGCUCCAAGAAAACAAAAGCUCUUCAGCAGACUGAGAAAUAUGGCUAUGGUAUCUUCCCUACAGUCCCAUCCUGCUGGCAAUGAUUCAACUGGCAUCGCCAAGGGGAAGCUCUCCAUGACUGAACUGCAAAGACAAGCUCUGGGAAACAUGGCCAACAGAAGAACAACUAGAUGUUACACCCAACUUGACACUAAGAAGCCUCGGGAUGAUGUCAAACCAGCCCCAACAACCAGAAACGUAUCCUUUCUGUCCAAAAGAACAGCCCUACAUGCACCCAAGGCGGGAAUAAAGCAAUCCCAGCUCACUAAAGCACAGAAAGCUAAUAAGCCCAACAAAACCACCACACAGAAACCAACAACUGAGCCAGUCAUUGACACCACUACAAACCCACCACAGAACCAGGCUAGAGACACAGAGAAUGGAGGUCAGAAGAGGGUGAGGACUGUGACACCACAGCCUAUUGAUGUCACAGAUAUGGCGGGGGAGAUCCAGAGACGGUUAAAGUUGGUCGAUGGCGUGAACAUAGCUGACAUGGAAGACCCCUACGCUUGUAGUCUCUACGUGGAGGACAUCUACUCGUACCUACAUGAGCUAGAGCGACAGCUCCAUCCUGACCCUGACUACAUGAGUAGACAGCCCAAGAUCAACCCAAGAAUGAGAGCCAUUCUCAUUGAUUGGCUGGUGUUGGUGCAUAUGAAGUUCAACCUAAUGCAAGAGACGUUCUAUUUAACAGUCAACAUCAUCGACAGAUUCCUUGAGGUAUUCCCUACAUGUAAGGGACAGCUGCAGUUGGUGGGAGUCACAGCAAUGUUCCUAGCUGCUAAAUACGAGGAGAUCUAUUUCCCAGAGAUCGCAGACUUUGUUUACAUUACUGAUGACUCUUACACGGCUGAGCAAAUGCGCCAGAUGGAGAGAAUCAUACUGAAAUCUCUCAACUACAGCCUUGGCUCCCCUGGUGCCAUUCAGUUUCUUAGGAGGUAUUCAAAAAUAUCCAAGGCGUCAAUUCAAGCUCACACGAUGGCCAAGUACAUCAUGGAGGUGUGCCUGAUGGACUAUUCCCUUCUUCGCUAUCUACCUUCUCAGAUUGCAGCUGCCUCCCUCUCAAUCUCCAUAGAGCUGCUCGACUUAGGAGAUUGGAACCCUAACAAUAGCUACUCUCUCGCUGACCUCCAACCCAUCAAGCAUGACAUUGCCAAGACAAUCCUCACCCUGCCCCUCCUCCGUCAACAAGCUAUCAGAGAGAAGUACUCAGGUCAGAGGUCACUCAGAGUAGCCAAACAUACAGCUCUUGCUUCAUGUGUUCUCAAGACCAUUGCAGACACUUCCCAGUGAGAAGAUUUGUAGCCUAAAAACUUACUAUUGUGAAACUUACACUACUUUUAUUGUUUUGACUGCUAAAAUGUACAAGUUUUCUACACGCA